AUGGCAGAAAACGUCACGGCGAGCGGCCCACAUGGAGCCGACAACGAAAGCAAACCUUCUGAGCCCAUGGAUAUCUCAGAGGUGUCGUCGCCAUCGGACCCGAAAUUGGGUUUCGGCAUGACGCCCAACGCCUUGCCCAUGUACGCCGGCAAGAAAGACGCGCUUGGUCGAUUCCUGUGGCAGACUGAGUAUCCUCAGGAUGCUCGUGACCCUGAGGAAAAUCUCGAGACUGGUGAAUGGGCUCUAAUCAUCCGCCGUACCCGUGUCUGGGGCGAUCCUGAAAGAAAGCUCGCGCUCCACUCCAUCACCGUGCAAAGUCCCCUCAUCAAGUUAUUACUACAAGACGUGUUCAAAAAUUACCCAGGCGUCACGGUAUCUCAAAAGCCCUUGGAAUUCCGAAGCCCAUUUCAACCACUCCUCCACCGUUGGCCGGCUUUGCGGAAGGCAAUCGAGUCGAUGCAAGAGGAACGCGGGGACAGAGAUGAUGAUUCCGAGUUGAAUGAUCGCAUCCAGCAUGCCAGGCUGCUCGACGACCUGCUCCAGGAGGAGUUCGCGGACGUUGCCGAGGCGAUGAAGGAUUACAAUACCAACGGUGUCAUCACUUUUCAGCAUCUCUGGAUGAUAUUCGAGCCGGGAAGCGUUGUCUUCACCGCGGAAGAGGGUGAAGACUGGGCGAUGGAGUUCCGCAAUUGGAGAUAUUUGACACGGAACGACGAGCGUGCUUUUGAGUUAAGUUGCAAGUUCGCCGACUUCGAUGGAUAUCGCUUCGGUUCGCAGGAAACAGCCAUCUACGUGAAAGGGUUCACAGGCACCAAGUCAAUCAACGCCCUGGAAGCAUUUCCUAUGACAAGGCACGCCCAAGCGGGGGAGAUGAUGGCGAAACUUAUUGAGCGCGGUGGGAAGUUUGAGUCACUGGCUGGGAGUCACUUCCGUCACUACGACGGUCUGGGACUUCGCCGCAACAGGAACGGCAGCAUAGAGCAGUCCAACGUGAAUGGACGUGUGGUCAUCGAUACAUUCGGCUUCAAUCGGUGCAACCCCACCCAGUCUAACUGUUUCCCUCCAUCCAUGACGCCUGCUAUGUCUGGUGACGAAUACAUUCCUCCGCAAUGGACAAAGGAGCUCGAUGAUCGGCUCGAGGGUCGCAGAAAAGAUGCUUCAGGCUUUGCAACGGAGGCUUUCGGAGAAGGGGGCGUACCACAAGAUGCCUUCAGCGAGCAGAACCGCCCAAAGCUCAGCGACUAUUGGAAACUCCUCUGCUCUCCCUACGUCAGAGGGUACGCACUGAACGAGAAGAAAUGGCUGGUCCUGACCGUCAGCGGCGUCUCCGACAUUACCUUCAAUGAGCUGGCAUUUUCCGACCUCAGGCUCGCAGACGAGCAGAAGGACCUCAUAACCGGCAUCGCUUCAUCCCACCAGUCUUACCGGAAUGAAACGGACGAUCUAAUCGAGGGAAAGGGCCGUGGUGUCCUUGUCCUGCUACGUGGUCCUCCUGGUGUUGGAAAGACUUUCACUGUAGAGUCAGUCGCCGAGAAGAUGCAAGUUCCUCUUUUCGCCCUGACUCCUGGUGAUCUGGGACUGGAUCCAACAACCAUCGAGGACAGACUGCGCGGACUCAUUUCUAUGUGUUCCCGGUGGGGGGCAAUCAUUGUCCUGGACGAAGCGGAUGUGCUGCUAGCAGAAAGAAGCCACCACGAGUUGGAACGCAACAGGAUCGUGUCUGUCUUCUUACGCGUAGUGGAGUACUACGAGGGAAUCAUGUUCCUGACAACCAAUCGAGUAUCAACAAUCGACCCAGCAUUCCAGUCCCGUAUUAAUGUCUCCUUGGAGUACCCCGAGCUUGACAGGAAUAGUCGCAAGGGCAUCUGGGAGACGUUGCUCAGGCGACACGAUGUCGCUCAGGCAAAUGCACGAGAGAGGCCAGCUCCGCCUCUUGAUGCAGUGGCCAAAUUCUCGACAAAAAGAGCCCUCAGCCCUCAGCCCUCCUCCUCAAAUUCAAAUGGAAAUUCAAAUGGAGCCCAGGCUGCAGAGGAGUUGCACCGCAAGCUGACGCAACCUCACCGGGUUUCUGACGAAGAAAUCGACAAGCUGGCUGAGCUGAAGCUGAAUGGCAGUCAGAUCAAGAACUUCAUGAGGACAGCGCAGCUAAUGGCAAUUUUCAAGGAGGACGCUCUGACCUACCGUCUUAUCGACACUGCUGUCUCGGUAACGCAUCAUUUUCAGAAAGCAAAGGAGGCCAAUGAUGAGGCAGGCGAGAAAACCUAUGGCUAG